AUGGCGACGAAGAAGACUAGAUCACAUAGUGUUUUCAGCAAGAUUUGUACAUAUCUGGGAGCAGUGUUCAUUUUUUUAGCCAUUAUUGUCACAAUAAGAACGCUGACUUUUCCUUCGAGACAACAAAUUGUACAAGAAUGUGCUCCGUACGAUACAGAUUUCAUCGCAGCAGACGACAGACUCAAGCGAAACCUACAGCGGGCGAUCGCCAUUGAAACCAUAUCGUACGGCCAGCAAAAGCAAAAUGAUGCCGAACUAGCAAAAUUCGGCACAUUUUUAGGAGAAGUAUUUCCAGCGAUACAUUCAUCUCCACUUGUGAAGCGAGAAGUUGUAGCUAACUACAGUCUACUAUACACUGUAGAAGGAACAGAUAAAAACUUACAGCCUUACAUGCUAGCGGCUCACAUGGAUGUGGUACCUGUAGCGGGACAGAAAUGGGACUAUCCUCCUUUUCAAGGUAAAGAAGUAGAUGGUUUCAUCUAUGGGAGAGGAACUGUUGAUGACAAACAUUGUCUGAUGGGUAUACUAGAAGCAUUGGAGUUCCGGCUACAGAGAGGAGAAAAACCAAAAAGGACAGUUUAUAUUGCAUUUGGACAUGAUGAAGAGAUCUCCGGAACUGUAGGUGCUAAAACUAUCUCACAAAUAUUGCAGUCAAGAAAUGUGGACAUUGAAUUUAUUAUUGAUGAAGGGACAGUUAUCUUAGAUGGCAUUGUACCCAUGGUAGACAAACAUGUAGCAAUGAUUGGUGUAUCAGAGAAAGGCUACUUGACGCUGAGGGCUGUGCUGAAUACCACCAACACAGGCCAUUCUUCAAUGCCACCAAUGCGCAGUACAAUUGGUGAAUUAGCAAAAGCAAUUACAAGAUUGGAAUCAAAUCCUCUGCCUAUUGUGUUUGGUAAAGGACCAGAAGUGGCAAUGUUUGAAGAUUUAGCUCCUGAGAUGAAUAUUUUUGGACGUAUUGUGAUGACAAAUCUAUGGUUAUUUUCACCCAUUAUUAGUUAUGUAUUAUCUUUGAAACCCAGUACCAAUGCUAUCAUAAGAACAACCACUGCAGUAACAAUAAUCUCUGGAGGAAUGAAGGAGAAUGUUCUUCCUUCAUCUGCUGAAGUCACCAUUAAUCAAAGAAUUCAUCCCGCUCAGACAGUUAAAGAGGUCUAUGACUAUGACUAUCAGAUUAUGAGUGAAGUAAUCCCUGAUGGAUAUAACUUGCACUUUGAAGUGAUUAAUUCAUUAGAACCAAGUCAUACAUCGCCUCAUGAUGAACAUAGUUUUGGUUAUUAUACAAUAAGUAAAAGUCUUAGACAAGUAUUUCCUAAUAUUCUGGUGUCUCCAGGUUUAAUGUUAGCGAACACAGACACCAGACAUUAUUGGAAUCUCACUAAAAGUAUCUACAGAUUUGCACCAGCCAUUAUGAAACAGUCUGACUUACCACGUAUUCAUGGGAGUAAUGAAAGAAUUUCAAUCCGGAAUUACGAACAAGUGGUGAAUUUCUACUAUCAUUUAAUGGUUAAUGCUGAUGAGAGUGCCACCCACUUACCACAUUCACAUUCUUCUGAACUCUAAUCCGAUGAAUCAGGAGAGUAUGUGGUAACAAAAUAACAGUAGAUGAAUAUAUCAAAACCGUAUUUGCUUAUUAGAAGUGCAUCUCCAAUAAAAAUGCAUGUGAACAGUAGUAUUUGAUAUGCUGGGUUUAUAAAAUAUGACCUAGUUUGACCUAGGUCACCUUUGCAAAAACCUGUCAGCAUGUAAAAUAAGUUGCUACUUAACU